AUGGACUAAAUAAAUUCUUGGAGUAAUUGCACACUUUCAAUUGGAGAAGAAGUCUAACCAAAAUAAUAAAAUGAAUUGCAUGAUGCUAUGAAUAAUUAUUAAAAGAUAGAAAUGAAAGGGAAAGGAAGUUAUGGUGCAGCUUAUUUGGCUUUAUAAUUAAAUACAAAACUAUAAUGUAUUAUAAAAGUAUGAUAGUAUUAAAUUUGAAUAGGUUAUUAAUAUUUCAAAUAUGAAUAAUAAAUAAAAGGAGAAUGCAAUAUGUGAGGCUAAGAUUAUGAAAGAUUUAAAGCAUCCUGGAAUAAUAAAAUAUUAUGAAUCAUUUUUUGAAAAUGAGUAAUUUUUAAUAUUUAUAAGAUAGUACAAAUUUAUGUAUUGUUAUGGAAUAUGCUGAAAAGGGCAAUUUGGAAUAAAUGUUAUUAGAAUAUAAAUAGAAUAAUGAAUAUAUAAAUGAAACACUUAUAAUUGAUUGGUUUACUCAAUUAUGUUUGGCUGUUAAAUAUUUACAUGAUUAAAAUAUAAUACAUAGAGAUAUUAAGACAUAAAACAUAUUCAUAACAAAAGAUAAUUUUAUAAAAUUAGGAGAUUUUGGUAUAGCUAAGGAAAUUGAAUGUAAAGAGUAAUUAUGCAAAACUUCUAUUGGAACUCCAUAUUAUAUUAGUCCAGAGGCAUUUUAAUCUAAACCUUAUAAUAAUAAAUCUGAUAUGUGGAGUUUAGGAUGUGUUUUAUAUGAAAUGAUUUCACUAAGACAUGCAUUUGAUGCUAAAAGUAUUUGAAACAAGAUUUUACUCAUAGCCAUUGAAGGAUUAGGAAUAAAGAUUUUAAGAGGAUAAUAUCCACCAAUUCCGAAGCACUAUUCAGAUGAACUAAAAAAUUUAGUUACAAAAUUAUUAGUAGUAGAUCCAACUAAAAGAUUUAAUAUUAAUGAUUUAUUAAAAUAGGAAAUAUUACUUAAUGGAGCUAAAAAAUAUUUAGAUAAAUAUACAUAAUAUACAAUACAAGCAAAGAUUAACACACAAAGCAACUAUAAUUUUAAUGUAUGUAAACUUGAGGAAUUGAGAAUGAAUCUUGAGAAUUAGUUAGGAUUAAAAAAGUUAUAGGAUUAUAUUUAAUAAAUUGUAAAUAAUUAUUAAAUAAAAUUAGGAAAAUGAUACAUUAGACUUUAAUAAUGAUUUGAGUGAAAAAAAUAUUAAAGAUAUUGAGUUGCUCAUAUAAUUAGAAAAAUAAAUAUUUUGA